AUGUUUUUCGAAAAGAUUCUCGUUCCAUGCCUCAUUAGCUCUGCCAUAGGGCUGGCUUCUCCGACGAUUGGCCAUGGUAUUAAAAAACGCGCAGAUAUCGACAGUUUUAUCACGACCGAAGGCGCCAUCGCUUAUAAAGGAACUCUGGCCAAUAUCGGUCCAAAUGGAACAGGAGCCCCGGGAGCCUCUGCUGGUAUUGUAGUUGCAUCGCCUUCAAAAACGGACCCAGACUACUUUUAUACAUGGACCCGUGAUUCUGCCUUGACUUUCACUGCUCUGAUUGAGAGGUUCAUUGCUGGUGAUUCCUCCUUGAAGACACUCAUUGAGCAAUAUAUUACCGCUCAGGAGCAUCUUCAAACUGUUGACAAUCCAUCUGGAGGUUUGUCAGAUGGCACUGGUUUGGCCGAGCCCAAAUUCUAUGUCAACAUGACUGCAUUCACGGGUGCUUGGGGCCGACCGCAACGCGAUGGUCCAGCCUUGCGUGCCUCAGCUCUAAUUGCGUACGGAAAUUACCUAAUUUCCCAAGGAAGUGAAUCUCUUGUAUUGUCCAACAUAUGGCCGGUUGUCGAGAACGACCUGUCGUACGUGGCCCAAUACUGGAAUCAGACUGGAUUCGACUUGUGGGAAGAAGUAGAAGGCUCCUCAUUCUUCACAAUUGCAAGUCAACACAAGGCGCUUGUAGAAGGAAACACGUUCGCGACUUCUCUCAACAAGUCCUGCGAUGGCUGUGUCUCACAGGCACCACUGGUUCUAUGCUUCCUUCAGAGCUUCUGGAACGGGAGCGCAGUCAUUUCAAAUCUGGGGAGCUCCGGACGUAGCGGUCUAGAUGCGAACUCUGUGCUCGGCUCAAUUCAUACUUUCGAUCCGUCUGCAGCAUGCGAUGAUGCCACCUUCCAACCAUGCUCAUCUCGGGCUUUGUCUAACCACAAGGUGUACGUCGAUUCGUUCCGCGCUGUGUAUAGUAUCAAUAGUGGAAUCGAAGCAGGUUCAGCAGCAUCAGUUGGUCGGUAUCCAGAAGAUUCUUACCAGGGCGGUAACCCAUGGUAUCUUUGCACCUUGGCAGCGGCCGAGCAACUUUACGACGCCAUCUAUCAGUGGAGCAAGCAGGGUUCACUCACCAUCACCACGACAUCGCUGCCAUUCUUCCAGGACCUGGUGUCCGAUGCGGCUGUUGGAAAUUAUUCAAGCUCAUCAACCACCUAUAAGUCUCUUACUAGCGCAGUGAAAACUUACGCGGAUGGCUUUGUGUCCCUUGUGGAGAAAUACACGCCCACCGAUGGCGCUCUAGCAGAACAAUACGGCAGAGACGACGGUUCCCCUCUCUCUGCGGCAGAUUUAACUUGGUCCUACGCGUCGUUUCUGACGGCUGCUGCGCGUCGCAAUGGCACGGUACCGGCGUCAUGGGGAGAAUCAAGUGGGAACGAUGUACCCUCGGCGUGCAGCAGCGGUUCUGCUAGUGGUACAUAUGUGACCCCGACUGCGACCUCGUGGUAA